AAAAACGUGGUUGCUAAUCUAUUGAAAACAAUUUGGCUCUUAUAUUCGAUGUAUACGUAGUUCGUCUUUCAAACGCUGGAGUUGACUGAAUCGAACUUCGCUUUAUUUGGCUAUCAACCCAGCAGGCAACCAGGUUAAGUGCUGGGAGAUUUGAUCUUAUCACUUCAGUUUGUUUUCUUCAAUUGAAGAGUUUCAAAGACUGACAAGCAGCCGAUUGGUUUGCUACGCAUGAAGGCAACCUUGGUAUCUUUUCAAAACUACUUUUACGGAGCGCUGAACAAAGAGAGAAAACCAUUGACAUCCAACUUGAAACCCUUACCAACAACUUGAAGGUUACCCGAGAAAGUAAAGCACACUUUUAAGGUACAAUGAUGAGGGUACAAUUAUUUGCAAUAAAGAACCUUCUAGUAUUGACUGGAUUUUGUGGAGUGAUAAACCUGAUCUACUUGCUAUUAUAUGCUGGUCUGGAAAGCAAUGUAGACAGAUAUCCUAGCCGACUUCUAGGGAGGCAAAUAUCAAGUAUAGACGAGGACAAUAAGUACCCAACUACAACUAACUACGGUCACUUGGAGAUGAUGAACUCUGACCUGAAAGAAAUCCUCGAUCGUUACUCACUGUCUAUGAACACUCUUGGAAAGAACUACGGACAAGCACAACAUACGAGGGAAAGAGUAAACAGAGGGUACCUACGCAAAAAGGCUACUAAAAUCGUUAAAAUGUCAAAGUGUGCAAGUCCACCGUUUCUUUUGAUCCAAGUCCAUUCCAGUCCAGGGAAUUUUCUGAGCAGAGAAGCGAUACGGCUUUCAUGGGGAAAGCCAGAAAAUGCUAUCAAUCAAGGAAGUUGGAGUAAAUCUAAGAGAUCUUGGAAAACUGUGUUUUUGGUUGCCAAGAGCAAUAAUUCCCGAAUCAACCACCUCCUUCGGCAGGAAGCACAAUUCUACGAUGACAUCAUCAUUGGGGAUUUUCCUGACACUUUUAGACAUUUAUCGCAGAAAAUGCUUCUAGGUAUUGAGUGGUCACUACAUUAUUGCCGCCCAAAAUAUCUUCUCAAAACAGAUGAAGACUGUUAUAUCAAUAUUAUAUCGCUUUUGCUAUGGUUAAGCGAUCAUCAUAAUGUCAACAGUUCAAAGGAUUUGUACCGUGGCAAGGUUCAAAGAAACAUGCAAGUAGAGCGAGAUGAAGACAGUAGGUACUAUGUUUCCGAGAAAGAUUUCCAGGGGAUAUUUUACAAACCGUAUAUUUCCGGUGGAGGAUAUUUGUUUAGCGGGAACUUGCUGCCAAGACUUUAUGAAGCUACGAAUUUUGUUCCUCUUAUUCCGAUUGAGGAUGCUUACUUCGGGAUGCUUAUGGAUCGUUUAGGUGUAAAGCCAGAAAUGGAUUUGAGAUUUCUACCUUUUGUCAGUUGUGAACGGUCUUAUGAGACGCUGUUUGAGCGACCGAUGUGUCAUUUCAAGGACCCAUUUGUGAUCCAUGGAGUAAAUGAAGUGCAACAGAUCCACAUGCAUUACAAUGUUUUGAUCAUGAAUUUUAUGCCAACGGUAUGCUCCUAUGUGGAAAGUCAAAGUGACCAUAGUUACCUAAAAAGAAUAUGCUGACACUGCAAUAAGUAAGGACGUUUUUUGCACGUGUGUUCUUGUUCGUCUUAGAAAAGACUUUAACUAUUUAGCGUUAGAAGGACUAUUAAAUUAAACAAGACUUAAGACAUUUUAAGCUUGUCAUCGGCCUAUUUCUAACGGAAUAAACCUUCCAAAAAUAAACAGAGCAUUCAUCCGGACAGAAAGUGGAUCAGUAGGAGAGCGUCUAGGGGAGUGUAAGGAGAGACAUGUCUUCUCUAUUGUGAAUCAUUCUGUCAUUUCAAAUUCUCUUGGGAAAGACGAGAACCAAGGUAACCACACCGGCCCUGUAAACGCUGUAAAGGCUGAGCUAAAAGGAAGUAAAUAUAUUUUUACACAUUA